CCUCCCUGUUUGGGAGCUAAGAAAACUGAACGGGGGAGAGAAGAAAAUAGCUACAAAGUUUUGAACUUUUGAGCAACCAAGCGGUUAGAUUACACUCUGAGAGAUCAAAAAAUGGAAGAAAAGGCGGUGAAUUCAAUGGCAAUAGCGAGCCUUAAGACGACGCAGGACCUAGCAAUGGAGGGGCAGAAGCAUCUUGAAGACACCAUAGAGUCGGCUUUCCAGAUCCUCUCCUCCAUGAACGACGAGCUCUGCAACCCCGCCUUGUGGUCCACCACCACCACCGUAGCCGCCGCCACUUCCUCCUCUUCUCCUUCCUCCGCCGCGAACGGCCCUUCCUCCCACUCCAACGGCCUUGUCAAUGGCGACGCCGCAGCUUCCGACUCCCAUCAUCACGCCGAUCUCGGAGGCGGCGGAGGCGCCGCCGGAGGAGCGCUUGGCGAGGCGCAGUUUCGGUAUAAAAAUGCCGUCGCUUCGCUGCGUGCCAUUCUCGCCGCGAUUCCCAAUUCCCAAAGAGGAAGAACAUUUGAAACAGGAACAACUCCAACUAGUUCAGUAACCCCAGCACAAGAAGUAGAAAUUGAGAAGUUAGAAGAGCGAGCCUCAAAUCUGAGAACGGUACUAUCUGAAAGAGCUUGCAAACAAGAAUGCAUAUCUCAAGAUCCUCAUUGAUCAGCUACGGGACCUUAUUACUGACAUAUCUACUUGGCAAAGUCCUUGCUCAGUCUGACUUCAUGAUAGAUAGACGAGACUUCAAAACAUUGUUAUAGGUUCUUCGUGAUUGAUGUCCAGAUGAUUAUUGAGACUUUUCUUGCUAAGUCUUUAACAUGUAUCUGAAUUAAGGGGAAAGGUUGUCAUUAUAGAAAGAAGGGAAAAAAAUAACUUCAGAGAUAUUCUCAAUUGACUUACAUGGUGGUAAACAGUGUAUGUUUGACAUGAAUGUAUUUGUAGAAAUAAUAUUGUGAUAGGAAAUCAUUUAUCAUUUAUCAUUAUCCUG